CAGGUGGACACUCCUUAACCGAGAGGAGACGCCACAAGAAGAGAGUGAGAGGAGAGAGCUGGAAGAAGAAACACACUGGGAUUCAGAUUACACUCGCUGGUCUGAGAGCUCUCCCAAGAUGUCGAAGAAAAAGGAAGGCAGUGCAGUAAAGAUAAGCAAGGUUCUGGCCAAUGACCUGGCCGCCGUGAUUGCUCGCAUGCAAAAAAAUGCAGACCAAGUGGAGAAAAACAUCCUGCAAUCAGAGAAGCUGAUGGCCGUGGACACAGAACGCCUUAGGAAUCAGCCACUGAUCCACCAAAAGGAGAACGCAGACAACCUGGCGGAGGCCGAGGGGCUGCUGAAGGAUCUUUUCAUGGACGUGGAUAAAGCCAAGAAGCUGCAGCACCCGCAGGCGAAGGAGAUAGAGAGAGAUGUCAGAAACCUCCAUGACCGCUGGGCUAAGGACUGUGCUACCUACAGGGAGCUGUACGCCCAAGUCCAAGACCUGGAUCUGACACAAAAGAUCGACUGGGGACCUCUGCUGGAUGAGAAACUGAAACAGUUAAAGUCGGAGGCGUAUGGUCCCAACCUGUCUGAUGCAGAGAAGCAGAUUGCAGCACAUAACAUCCUUCACCAGGCGAUCGAGGCGUACGACAGCCAGCUGCAGGCCAACAACACGACCUCACGGGAGCAGUACGCCGCCCUCAGAAAGAAAUAUGAAGACCUUUUGGAGAGUUCCCAGCUCCGGCGCAAUCACCUGGCCUCCCUGCACGAGUACAUGCAGAGCUGCAGUAAGGAGCUGAUCUACCUGUCAGGCCAGCAGGAGAGGCUCCUCCAGAGGGACUGGAGUGACCGCAUGGUCGACCCCUCAGGCGUCCGCAUGGAGUACGAGAAAUUCAAAACUAAUGGACUGCUGGCACACGAGCGUGAAGUCAACCAGCUGCAGGACGAAGGAGACUAUCUGGUGGAAAUAAAACACCCCGGCAGCCCAACGAUAAAGGCACACCGAGACACAGUGCGGGCCGAGUGGCAGGCCUUCCUCAACCUGUGUCUGGCACAGGAAGCCCACCUGGACAACAUCGAUGAAUACAAGAAGUUCCAGCUGGAUGCGGAGCAGCUGUCGGACUCCCUGGACAGACUCGACUCCACUCUGGACCCGAAGUCUUUGGCCAACAAGAGCAAACCUCAGGUCCUUCUGGCGCUGGAGGGAGAUGAACCAGCCAUGAGCAGGAAUGAGCAGCGUCUGGCUGCACUCAGGGAGCUCAGCAGCAGCGUUGUGCCUCUGAAGUUACGCAGAAUCCAGCCCACCAAACCCACCACGGUCGUGUCCCUGUGCGACUGGGCAGAUGAGGAGGACUCAGUGAGACGCGGUGACACGCUAACCCUGAAGUCCAACUCUGAUAAUAAGGACUGGGAGGUUCAGAACAGCAAAGGGAAGAUCAAAACCCUCCCUGGGGCGUGUUUCAUGAUCCCACCCCCUGAUGCUGAGGCCCUGGAGACAGUAAACAGGCUGGACAAACAACUGACAGACCUAAAGAGCCGCAGGUCUGCUCUGAUAAGCUCCUUGAAGAACCCCAAUGUGGAGGUGGUUCGCCCUCAGAAGGCAGCUGCAGUGCAAAGUGCUCCCGAGGACCCCAAAGCUGCAGAGCUCAUCAGUGAAAUCGACAGGAUCAACAAGGCUCUGGAUAAGAGUGAGAAAGAAAUCCUGAGCCGACUGAGGACCCCACUAGACAGCUGCAACCCUGCCCAGGACCUGGCAGACCGGCUGCAGGAGCACGAGAAAUCUGCUCUGAAUCUGAAGAAGCUGGAGUCGGAGAAGUCUGCCAUCCAGAGAGAGAUGGAUCCCAUUCUGGCCAAGAAACCUCUGGGACCCAACGCCUCGGUGCUGCCCCCUAAACUCAGCGCUGCCAACAACAAGAUCCACGACCUCAACACACUUAUUGAUCUUUAUAAUAAAAAAUCUACAACCUCCAUGUUCCUGGAGAAGCAGAUCAAGAACGUAGAUGGUAUCGUCUCCAGGUUCGAGGAGCAGCUAGCUAAAGAUGGCGCCAUUCUUGAUCAACCCAACGCUCUUCAGAGUCGCAACCAGAAGCUGCAGGCAAUUGGUAAAGAUGUUGCCUCGAGGAAAGAUGAGCUGAAUAAAUUAGGCAGAGAGCUGGAACUGACGGAGAAGGCAUGCAGCUCCCUGAGGCAGAGCUUCCAUGAAUACUGUCAUGACAUCCUCCGCCAGAGGAAUCAGGUGAAAAACCUGAAGAACCGUUACACAAAUGUCAAUAAUCAACUCCAGGAGAGAUCUGGUCUUGUACAAAAAGCAACCAAUAAAAACCAAGAUUUCCAGAAUGCUGUUCAGUCACUGGAUUUCUUCUUGGUCAAUUUGCCCAACAAUACGAUCAAACCUACUGAUGACGUAGCACAGAUAACAGCCAAGCAGAACUCCCAGAAGAGGGUGGUGGAGGACAUUGCAAAGAAAUCAGACGAUUUAGACCGAGUCCAGGACCUUUCCCGUGACCUGCAGAGCGUUUUAAAUGAAUAUGAUACUAAGUCACACACUUACCGUCGCAUUCUGAAUGAUGAGAGUGAUGACGAUGACGAUGAAGAUGAGGUGCCAGUUCCAAAGAAACGCCAAACUUCCACUCUGGCUCAGGGUGUACAGAGAACGGAGAAAGAUCUACUGAACCUCUUUUCGAAGGUGUCUGCAGAGAACAACCAGCGACUCAGUCAGCUGGGGACGGCGAAGAACAUUAAGGCUCGGAAUGAAGAACAAGUCAGUCAGGUAGUUGUCAGUCAGCAGCUGCAGCUACAGAGCCAGCAGAGGGACCUGCAGGAAACUGACAGCCUGAAAAAGGAAUUAAGUGAGGAGGUUGCUAGGCGCCUGCAUGCUGAAAGAGACCUGGAAACGUACCGUAAGAGGUUUUUGUCUCUGAGGAACAGGAGAGGAGUGGAGAGGUUGGAGGAGAAGGAGGUGGUGCAGUAUUACCGUGACCCCAAACUGGAGGUGGAGCUACAGUCUCUGAAAAACCGCAUCCAGGACGAAGAAUUUAAGAGGUCAAGAACCCGUUCGGAGAUAGAAAUAUUCAACGAGAAGAUUAUUAAACUGGAAUUAGAGCUGACCAAAAUCGAACCUAAACUAGUCACCAAGGUGCUCACUGAAUACGAGAGAGACCCCCAGCUUGAUAAAGAGGCAGCUAGGAUUAGAGAAGAGAUGCAGAGGAUACGCCUGGAGCUCGAGACGAGAGACACCGAGUCAGUUCAAGUGAAAACUCAGAUCACAGUUCUGGCUCAGCAGAAGCCAAAAAUCAGGGAGAAAGUUGUCAAAAAGGAAGUGGUGAGGCUUGAAAAAGAUCCUGAGAUGCUGAAAGCUGUUCUCACAUUCCAGAACGACAUCGUGGAGGAAGAAUCACGGUGCAAGUCCCUAAACGAUAGCAUAUUUACCAUCAGGGGCCAGAUUAACACCCUGGAGAGAGUCAUACCCACCAUCCAACCCAAGAUCGUCACCAAGGUGGUGAAGCAAGUACAGCAGGAUCCAGAGGUGCUGGAUGAGUCAAAGAAGCUACGUACUGCCUUGGGAGAGGAGAAGGACGAGAACGCUAUCUUGAUGAAGGACCUGACCACCCUGCAGCUACGUUACGGAGAGGUGGAGAAGCUCAGGCAGAAAGUGGAAGUCAAGGAGAUCAUCAAUGAGAUUUACAGAGUGGACCCCGAGACAGAAGUCGAGCGGCUACGUCUGAAGAAAGAGCUUCAGGAGUCAGGCCGAGGCCGUGCGGACCUGGAGAAAGAAAUUUCCACAGUGACAACAACUCUAACUACCCUGCGCGCUCAGAAGCCCAAAGUGGAGUACAAGGAGGUGACCCAAGAGGUGAUCAAAGAAGAGAAGAGCCCUGAGGUUAUGAGGGAAUUACAAAGGCUGAGCAACCAAGUUUCCCGUCUGCAACUCAACUAUGACACCACCCUGGAGCUGCUGAUCCACCUCCGCAAAGAAAGAGAUGAGCUGAAAGUAGAAAAAUCCAAAGUGGAGACAAAGCUUGUGAAUAAAGAGAUCAUUAAAUAUGAGAAUGAUCCUCUCUUGGAGAAAGAGGCUGACAGACUUCGAAGGGAUGUAAGAGAAGAGAUUCAACAGCGCCGCACUGUGGAGGAAUGUCUCUUUGAGCUACAGAACCAAUACAUUGUCCUGGAAAGACAGAAGCCAGAAGAGAAAAUCGUAAUGCAGGAGGUGGUUCGUCUUCAGAGGGACCCCAAGCAGAUCGUGGAACAUGAUAAAUUAAACAAGGCAUUGGAUGAUGAGAUGAAAACCCGUAGAAAGCUUGAACUGGAGGUCAGACAGCUCAGAGCUGUGGUGAAAGAAAAAGAAAGCGCCCUGGAUCAGAUGGAUGAUCGUCAGAAGAAGAUUCAAGUAGAGUCAGAGCUCAGACAGAUCAAAGCUCGUAUUCUUGAGCUGGAGAAUUCUCCACCACCUGUUGAGGAAAAGAUCAUAAUUGAGGAGGUCCUGAAAGUGGAGAAGGACCCUAAGCUGGAAAAACUCACUGAGGGUAUACGUUCUGACCUGGAGACUGAAGGCAACAACUGCAGCCGUCUAGAGAGGGAAAUUCGUAACCUCAGGCUAAAGCUGGAAAUUCUGCAAAAGGAGAAGUCAGUUGAGAAGGUCGUAUACAGAGAGGUUGUUCGUGUGGAGAAAGAUCCAGCAGUGGAAGCUGAAAGAGACCAUCUCAGAGAGCUCGUAACACAGGAGAGAAAUCUGAGGCGGGACCAGGAAGAUAACCUUCAGACCAUUAGCAUCAAAAUUAGCCAUCUGCUGACAUCAAAGUCUUCGACUUCUCAAGAGGAAAACACUCUCAUUGCCAACAGAGAUGCUCUGCAGAGAGAAAAGGAUGAUCUCCUGAAACAGCUCAGAAUGCUGGAGGCUCAGAGACAGACCAUCAACAUAUCAUUCCAGCAGCAGUCCAAGCUGAUGAGCGAGAGGAACCAGUUGGCUCGGCAGAGAAGUCUUAAGACAUCCACUGAAAUACAGCAUCUGGAGAAGGAGAUCCUGAAUGAGAAGGACAAAAUACACCAGAGAGAGACGCUCAUCAUUGAGUUGCAGAACAACAUUAAGAAAGAGGAUCAUUCUGAAACUCACACCAGAGAGACAAACCUCUCCACAAAAAUCUCCAUCCUGGAUCCAGAAACUGGUAAAGACUUGUCUCCCUAUGAGGCCUACUUACAAGGACUAAUUGAUCGGAACCAGUACAUUAAACUGUCAGAGCUGGAGUGUGACUGGGAGGAAAUCACUUCAACUGGUCCAGAUGGGGACACGACAAUAUUGCAGGAUCGCAAAAGUGGGAAGCAGUACUCCGUCAAGGACGCUCUGAAGGCUGGCCGCAUGACCGAGUACGACAUGAUUCGCUACAGGGAAGGGAAAAUGACCAUCUCUGAGUUUGCCCUCCUUGUUGCAGGGGAAACACAUAAGCCAGUUGUUCCUGUUCCAAUUGUUCCUCCAUUAACCCCAAGAUCUCCUACUAAACCCAUGCCAACCUCUCCCUUGAGCUCCAUGCCGAAGUCGCUGAGGUCCUCCUACCCCAGCCUGAGCUCUCAACACAGCAGCAGCUUGACUAACCUCAGCUCUACAGCGGGCGAUGAGUAUUUCCCGAUCUCAGGGAUAUUUGACAACACCACUGAAAGCCGCAUGUCUGUGAGAAGCGCCCUCACCCGCAAGCUCAUCGAUGCCGACACAGCUCUGAAGCUCCUGGAGGCGCAAGCGGCCUCCGGUGGAAUCGUUGAUCUCACCAAAAAGGACAAACUGUCCGUCCACAAGGCAGCCGAACACGGUCUCAUUGACUCGAGCCACAUGUACAAGCUUCUGAACGCUCAGAAGGCCUUCACUGGAGUUGAGGACCCUGUGACCAAAGAACGUCUCGCAGUGGGGAAGGCGGCACAGAAAGGGUAUAUUCCCCAAGAGCAGGCCAGGCGCUACAUGGAGGCGCAAUACCUGACCGGUGGGUUGGUGGAUCCCUCUAAAGCAGGUCGCCUCACCGUUAAAGAAGCCCUCGCCACCAAACUGAUCGACAGCACGACAGCAGAUGAGCUGCAAGAUGAGACCUCCUACACAAAGGAGCUGGUAGAUCCCAUCAGCAAGGAGAAGAUCUCCUACAAACAGGCGAUGGACCGCUGUAAGAGAGACAUCAGCACAGGACUCCUGCUGCUUCCUGUGGCCUCCACCGAUGCUUCAAAUGCUCCGUCGUACUCAAACUACCGCUUCAACUCCCCUUACAACAAAUACUAGAUAUGAUUUUAACCCUCGUGUUGUCCUGCGGGUCAAAAUUGACCCGUUUGAAAAUGUGGGAAAAAAAUAUAUUUUCACAGUGAAACUUCUGAUUCACACAAAUUGACAUUUUCAAUAUUUUUGGGAAAUCUUUCAACAUUUUUUGGUGGAAAAAAAGAAACGUUAAAAAUAUUUCUCCAGAACAUUCACAAAAAAUCAACCAAAAUCCAGCGAUUUUUUGUGAAUGUUCUUAAAGAAAAUAUUAGAAGUUUUACUGAUAUAUAUGUAAUCAUUUUAGAUAUUUUUAGGAUUUUUUUGUAAGACUUUUACUAAUUUUUUGACAAUGUUUACAGGAAUUUUCUUGCCAAGUUUGGGGGAUUUUUAAAAAAUAAAACUUUCAAGGGAAACUUUUAAGGAAUUAUUGGAAUUUUCUUCCUGAAGGUUUUGCAAAUUUUCAGAAAUUUGGGGAAGUUUUUGCAGAAUUUUUGGAUUUUUUUCAGACAAGGAAACAAUAUUUUUUGGUGCCCGUAAAUGAGGACAACAGGAGGGUUAAAUACUAGUGCUGGAGAGUAUAUGGUGACACAAAUUAAGAUGUGUAGAAGGAAUUUUAAAAAAUGAUGUGUUCAUAAACACAAAUUUUAAAACUGGAAAUUUUGGAAAAGUUUUGGUCGGACUGUAUAUGUGGAUUUUUUUUUUCAGUACUACUUUGGUCUGCUGUAAAAAUGAGGGUAAUUUUUGUUAUAAAUGGUAAUUGUUCUUCAGCAUUCUGAAGUAAAAUCCUUUAUAAGGGCUUGUUUAAUUCCAUAAGCAUCCUGUUCAUUUUUCUGUCCUGUUGUUUAGAUUUUAAACUAAAGAAUCUUUGCUACGUUGAUAUGUAAACUGAGUCCAUUUAGUUUAAUAGAAAAGGUUUGGGGGCUUACAUAGCACUUGUCACCAUCAUGACCAAAAUGGGUUGAAUAUUACGUCUAAUAUUGUAAAACUCAGUUGGAGAAAACGUGUGAAGAACAUUUGCUUUUUUCCAAAGAUUUUUUUAGUUUUUUUUUUCUUACAUUCGAUGGAACACAAGACAAACAAAAACCAAGAAGGGAGGUUUGAGUUGAGGUUGAGGUUGGGGCAGGAGGCCAAAAGUCAGAUCUAGAUGAAGUAAAUACUGUUUACUGAACAGUUAGAUCAUAUCGUACUGCAGGUUUGAAGACGAAAAGAUUCCAUUUCAUUUAGACAACAGUCUGGCAUCCAGUAAAUGGAAAGUUCUGACAUCUGCUAUGAAUCUAAAACAUAACUGGGAACUAAAACAUAAAACAAUACCAAAUGUAAGGCAUUAAAAUAACUCAGAAUUGCAGUAUUUCCAGCUACAGAAAUGUCUUUGUUGUACUAAACUUUAGUCUGAAUCACAACACAUUUCUUUUAGCUCAUUCUGUUUAGGUAAACUGUACGGGAUCAAACAAGUCAGCACACAGCACAGAUCUUUACACCUUUUCAAGGCUAAGAUUUUUUUUCUCCAGAUUUUUUAUUUUUUUGUCCAGAAUGAAAUAUCUCAACAAUUACAAAAUAGAUUGCCGUCACAUUUUAUGCAACAAUUAUGGCACCUCAGGAAGGACUUUGUUGAUCCUCUUGACUUUUCCUCUAGCACCACCUGGUUGACAUUUGUGGCUCUGACAGCUCAGUUAUUUGCUGUGUUUUAGUGCUAAUUAGCAAACUGAUUCGACCUUUAGUUAAACUGGGAUUACACCGAGGUACGAAGGCCUCGUAUACAAGGUAAGAAAAUAAAAGACGUAUUCACACAAAUAAGAAAGUGCACGAUAGGUCAAGAAGGGGCAGGGCGUGGCUGGUUUCUUACCUCGGGGGGGCGUCUUGCCCCAGUUUACCAUACAGCGGUUGUAAGCUUCUGUGAGUCAUAUGCUUGGAAAUGAUGGAUUAAGGAUAGAGAUUAAAUAUGACUCACGUACAAGCAUGUUGUGCGUUAAGGUUAACAAGGUCAAACUCUGCGUUGGUGAUGAGGUGUGCGUCUGAUACCAGACCAGACAAAGACAUCGGUAACACGCAGAUCACUGAAAUAUUAAAACCGCUGGUCUUUGUGUGGUUCCACGUUGCCUUUUCUGAUCAGCAAAUGAGCCCUAUAGACAAUUAUUUACAGAAAGAUGAACAGAAAGGUCUGAAAUGUCCAUCUUACUUUGCUUAAAAUGCAAUAUUUCCUGAUGUGCUGUCUGUCAGACCAUUUCUGAGCCCUCAGUGGAGUAAAUGGUGUUGAUGUGGGAAUAUGUGGCCUCUGCGCUGGGAUGUCUGUCCACCAGAUUACCCGCUGACUGGAAAGGCUUUGUGGGAUUACUGCACAUGAGCCUGUCUGGAGGCCGAAGUGGCCCCACUCUGUGUCCAGACGGGGUUUGAAGGAUGUUCCCUGAUGGUUGGGUCAUCCUCACUGAGAGAAGUUGACCAACAGUGAUGCUGUAAUGACAAACCCAGCUUGCAGAAUGUGCUGUUAGCCUCAGAUUACGGUUGUUUUCAGUCAAAUUCUGGGUUUUGUGUUGCUUAUUUUAGGAAUGUUGUGACGUCAGUGCCUCUGUAAUCACUAUAUACCCAAUAAAACCUGGAGUAGA